AUGCCAAGUGUCAAAGAUGAAUAUACACAAGAUCAACUCUUGAACAUGUUGUAUAAAGAGGUUACAACCAUUGCAAUUGGUUUAAAUUUACCAUGUAAUGGUAAAAAGGAUGAAAUUGUUCAGAGAAUCAUUGAUCUUCAAUCAAAAUCAAACAAAAAGGAGGAGGAAGAGGAGGAAGAAGAAUCUGAUGAAGACGAACAAGAGAAAAAAGUGACAUCCAAACUUGGAAAAAUUAAUAUUAAACAAGUAAAGGAGGAAGAUGAAGAAGAGGAAGAUGAAGAGGAGGAAGAAGAAGAAGAAGAGGAACAUCAAGAAGAAGAAGAAGAAGAAGAAGAACUAUCAGAAUUUGAAGAGAUUGAACAAGAUUGGAUAUCUGAUCAAGAGGAAUCAGAAGAGGAAUCUGAAGGUGAAGAGGAUAGAAAGUGGAAAUCAAAUAUUCUACCACGUGACUAUUUACCAAAACAUCUGGCUGAUUUACCUCUUGUUAGAAACAGUAAAUUAAUCCAAAGAUACUUGACCAAUCCAGCCAGACUCAACAAACUCAAGAGAUUUAUUCCAGAGGUAUGGUUUGACAAUAUGAUGGGAAGUGAUGGAGCCGAGGCAUUGUACGAAGAUGGCCUUCACAAGUUGCAUCCAAGAAUUGCUUUUAUCUAUCAUGUUCAUCGUGAACAAUUUAAUGAUGGUACUUGUGAACUUGAAGAUUCAAUGAUCAAGAAAAUUAGAAGGGAUGAGAUUAAUUAUCAUAACGAUGAUUGGUGGAUGGAAAUCUAUAAACAAUAUAACAAAUGA